GUUUUCAAGGCAAUCACUACUGUCGGCGAUUUAUGUGACGAGGCAAACGCAAAGAAGCUCAUCGAUCAUACCAUAAAAGAAUUCCAGCGAAUUGAUACACUGGUGCAGAAUUACAUUAACUGCGCCGGGAUUCUAACAUCUGGAAGUAUUAUAGACACUGAUAUUGAAGUGUACGAUCGCCAGAUGGAUGUGAACGUAAGAAGCGUCGUCAUGUUAACUCGCCUAGCGCUGCCUCACAUAAUUAAAACGAAAGGAACGAUCGUGAAUGUUUCAAGCAUUGCAGGUCCAUGUGCAGUGAGUUUUUCCUGUAAAAAAGCAUUUACAAUUUCAUGA